UUAAGUGACUUGCCCAGGAGUUGCUUUGGUUAUCCUGUAAGCAUCUUUUUCAUUGUCGUCAAUGAAUUCUGUGAAAGAUUUUCCUACUAUGGAAUGAGAGCAAUUCUAGUUUUGUAUUUCCAACGUUUCCUUGGAUGGGAUGAUAACCUCUCUACUGCCAUCUAUCACUCAUUUGUUGCUCUAUGCUAUCUAACACCAAUCCUUGGAGCUAUCAUUGCUGACUCAUGGCUGGGAAAGUUCAAGACAAUUGUCUCAUUGUCCAUUAUUUAUACUUUGGGGCAAGCAGUCACUGCCAUCAGUUCCAGUGGCGACCUCUCCAACAUUGAUGAUAAUGGGAACCCAGAUAAUCUUCCUUUACAUAUAUCUUUGUCUAUGAUUGGGCUUGUCCUGAUUGCUUUUGGUACUGGUGGAAUAAAACCUUGCGUGUCGGCAUUUGGUGGAGAUCAGUUUGAAGAAAAUCAGGAGAAACAAAGAAACAGAUUUUUUUCCAUCUUUUAUUUGUCCAUCAAUGCCGGAAGUCUACUUUCUACAAUCAUUACUCCCAUGCUCAGAGUCCAAGUAUGCGGGCGUAAAAAACAAGCAUGUUACCCAUUGGCAUUUGGAGUUCCUGCUGCUCUCAUGGCUGUAGCUCUAAUUGUGUUUGUCAUUGGCAGCAGCAUGUACAAGAAGGUUCAACCUCAGGGAAAUGUAAUUGCUAAAGUUGCCAAAUGCAUUGGUUUUGCGAUCAAGAAUAGAUUUAAUCACCGGAGUAAAGAAUUCCCAAAGAGGGAGCACUGGCUGGAUUGGGCUAAAGAAAAAUAUGAUGAGCGGCUUAUUGCCCAAAUAAAGAUGGUUGUAAAGGUGAUGUUCCUGUAUAUUCCUCUCCCGAUGUUUUGGGCUUUGUUUGAUCAACAGGGCUCAAGAUGGACCCUACAAGCUACAGCCAUGAAUGGAGACUUUGGAGCAAUUGAAAUUCAGCCUGAUCAGAUGCAGACUGUGAAUGCCAUCCUCAUUGUUAUCAUGGUACCCAUUGUAGAUGCUGUCAUUUAUCCUUUAAUUGCCAAGUGUGGGUUCAAUUUCACGUCCCUGAAGAAGAUGACGGUGGGCAUGUUCUUAGCUUCCAUGGCUUUUGUUGUGGCUGCAAUAGUGCAAGUGGAAAUAGAUAAAACUCUUCCAGUUUUUCCUACAGAAAAUCAAAUCCAAGUUCAGAUACUGAAUGUAGGCAGUGAAAGCAUACAUGCAUAUUUUCCUGGACAUAAUGUGCAAGUACCAGCGGGUAUUUCCAGUAACUUCAUGACUUUGGAUAACAAUAGUCCACAAAAUAUAAUCAUUACUUAUGGGCAACAAAACUAUACAGUUCCAAAUAACUUUGAAAAUGGUUCCCGCUACAGCAUUCUAACAUGGAAUUUCAACAACAUUGUUGUGCUGAAAGACGGCCUUAAAAGCAAGCCAGACAAAGGACAAAAUGGAAUCAGAUUCGUCAAUGCCUUGGAUCAAACCAUCAAUAUCAGCAUGGAUGGAAAAUUGUAUCAGAAUAUCUCCCAGUACAAUGCCAGUGAUUUUCUUUUUUUUUCUUCUGGCAGUAAAACUGUCAGUAUUUCAGAGGGCUGUGAAGGUAGUAUUCCAAAACUUGGAUUUGGCAGUGCAUAUACCUAUGUGAUCAAAAAGUGUGAUGCUGGUACCCUGGAGUUGACAAGUUUUACAGAUAUCCUACCCAAUACAGUUAAUAUGGCCCUACAGAUCCCACAAUAUUUCCUUCUGACUUGUGGUGAAGUUGUCUUCUCUAUAACUGGCCUGGAGUUCUCAUAUUCACAGGCUCCUUCCAACAUGAAGUCAGUACUUCAAGCAGGCUGGCUGCUUACAGUGGCUGUUGGGAACAUCAUUGUUCUUAUUGUGGCUGAAGCAGGAAAAUUCCAUGUACAGUGGGCGGAGUACAUUCUCUUUGCUGCGCUGCUGUUGGUUGUUUGUGUUAUAUUUGCCAUUAUGGCUUAUUACUACACCUACGUCAAUCCAGCAGAGAUUGAAGCCCAGUUUGAUGAUGAUGAUGAUGAUGACAAAAAAAAGAAGCUUGGAAAAAUUGGGGACGUGUCUGAUCCAUAUGAAAAACCUGAAUCCUCUUCACAGACCACAUUGUGAAUGUUAAAAAACAAAUGUUGAGAACAGUAGAGUUCACAUCAGGACUACUCCAUAAGCAGAGCACUAUUGGAUUGUGACUGUUGAGGAAGAACAAUUUCUCAACACCUUGGUGGGCAACCAAAGCAAGAUAACAC